UAAAUCUCUCAGCUCCUUAAAUUUCUCCUUUCUUUGGCUUUCUCUUUCGUUUCCCAGAAUCUCCACGAACCCUUAAAGAUUGUUCAACGUUUCUUCUUUGACUCCUUGAGAUCAAAUCCAUUUUCCUUUUCCUUCUUGAUAAUAAUGUGUCCGUUGAGAUUCCUAUUGGUGUUCUUCUCUGCGGUUCUCGCCGGAUAUUUCGCGUGGAAGACGGUGAGCUCUUCGCCUGAAAUCAUCUCAGACGACGACGACGGCUCACCGGUCGAAUUGAAUGAGAAACAAGGACUCUGUUUCAAAAAGAAGAUGGAGAAAGGGUUCUGGGUGUUCGUCGACAUGGCCAGCGGCAAAUACCUUUGGAGGAAUCUCAAGCUGAUGAGCGAGAAAGCGAUUUAGUUCAAAAUGUCUUCCUUGUGCAGAAAGUUAAAGAAGAAGGUUCAUAUUAUAUGUUUAGAUGAGUUCAUAAAGUAACCCUCUGUUUUGUUCUAAUACUCACCCUGAAUUUUUUUGUAAUUUUGAUACUUGUGUUUGUAAAUCUGGCAACAAAAUUAAUCAAAAGUUUGUACUAACUUUCAACCAA